AUGUUUUUGGCACCAUCGCCAUCGCCCCCGAAGAGGGACAACUGGGAAGAUGGCCACGUUCACAACUCCAUGGUCCAUCUUGGGCAGUUCAUCGACGCGUCGUCGUGGCUGCCCAUCGGUCAGCGCCUCCAGCACAUGACAUGGGCCUGGUUCACCACCACAAUGAGCACGGGAGGCUUGGCCUUGCUGUUCCAUACUACGCCCCAUCGCUUCACCGGCCUGGAUAUCAUCGGCCGGAUCGUUUACAUCUUAAACCUGGCCCUCUUCGUCUUGAUCACGGCUAGUAUGGGCUACCGUUUUGCCGUCAAGCCGAAAGCUCUGAAACAUAGCUUGACUCACCCGACGGAGAGCCUCUUCUUCCCUGCCUUUCUGCUUAGCUUCGCUACUAUCCUGACGAAUGCCGCUGCAUACGGCGUCCCCAAUUCCGGUCCCUGGCUGGCCACUGCCAUCUACGUCCUCUUCUGGAUCUACGCGGGCUUCUCGACGAUAUCUGCCAUCGUCCAAUUCUUCAUCCUCUUCCGGGGGGAGAGUUUAUCCGUCCACUCCAUGACGCCGGCAUGGAUCCUCCCCAUCUUCCCUGUCAUGCUGGUGGGAACUCUGGCCGCGUCCAUCUCCCCCACCCAGUCCCCGGAGCGUCGCAUCGCCAUGCUCGUCGCUGGCGUCACCUACCAAGGCCUCGGCUGGACCGUCGCCUGCCUCGUGUACCCCCUAUACCUGGGCCGACUCAUGCAGGACGGCCUACCAGCGCCGGCAAUGCGGCCGGCGAUGUUCAUGGCCGUUGGGCCUGCUGGGUUCACCACCGUGGCCAUCAUCGGCAUGGCGCGUGCCAUCCCAGUCGGGUACGGGUACUUUGGUCAGCAUCCUAUGGCGCAGGAGGUUUUGCUUAUAGUGGCCACCUGGGUGGGGAUCUGGAUCUGGUGCAUCGGGUUCUGGUUUUUCGCCAUCAGUCUCAUCUCCGUGGUUGAGUCAGCGCUCAAGAAACAGCUACGAUUUUCGCUUUCGUGGUGGGCGUUUGUGUUUCCCAAUGUCGGCUUCACGGUGGCUACUGCACAGAUAGGACAGGAAUUGGAGAGUGAGGCGAUACAGUGGGUUGCGAGUGCCAUGACGAUUCUCAUUGUCAUCAUGUAUUUCAUCGUCGCGUACGCUCAAGUCAUCGCGGUCAAGAGGAAGGCAAUACUGUGGCCCAAGGAUCAUAGUAAGUAG